UUGGGAUCCUCGAAAUGCCUCAGUAGCCAUACAGUUUCCAAUCAAUCAAUUCCUAGUGUCCAAAACACUCGCUUCAAGAUGACUUUGCCAAAUCAAGGCUUCGACAAUCGAGCCUUUGAUGAAGGCAACAGCCAUGACUCGACCCAAGAGCUCUCCGGUAACAUGUAUUACCAGAGCAGCAACUACUCUGAAGGCAAUCAACAUACCUAUGUCUACGAUGCGGAUCAGAGCUUCCGCAAAUUGACGAUUGAAGCCUUGCCUCGGGAGACCAAUUACCGAAGGCUGACCAGCAUCAUGGCUGGUUCGGACUUUUCCUCACUUCGUCCCACUGUUGACGAGCUAGCUGCGGGUAAAAGGAAGGCCAUUGAUUUCUCUAACCUCGAAUCCGGAAAGGAUGAUGACCUGUCGAAAAAGGCUCCUACUGGAAAGGUCAUUAAGUUUGGAUGGAUUGAUGGAGUCUUGAUGAGAUGCCUCUUGAACAUUUGGGGUGUUAUGCUGUUUCUACGUUUGUCUUGGGUAGUUGGUCAAUGUGGUAUCGUUCAAGGUCUUAUGGUGAUCUCUAUGUGCAACCUUGUGACGUUGUUAACUGGAAUUUCGAUGUCAGCCGUGUCUACCAAUGGAAUCAUCAAGGGCGGAGGUAUCUACUACAUGUUGUCUCGAUCUUUGGGAGCUGAAUUUGGUGGUGCCAUUGGCAUCAUGUUCACUUUGGCCAACUCCAUUGCUGUGGCCACGUAUAUCAUUGGCUUCGUUGACUCUCUCUUGGACAUGUUGAAGGAGAACAUUGAGGGCUUCAAUGGUUUUGCAGGCACUAUCGAUCACCGAUUGAAUGACAUGCGAUGGAUUGGAGCAGUCACGCUAACCUUGGUUUUGAUCUUGGCCAUUGUUGGCAUGGAGUGGGUUACUAGAGUUGAGAAGGUGUUAUUAUGCCUUCUUAUUGUUUCCCAAAUUGAUUUCGUCAUUGGAACCUUCUUCCCUGCCGACGAGGAGAAGAAAUACGGUUUCGUCGGAUACAGUAGCGAAGUUUUCUCAACUAACUUGCUGAACACAAAUUAUCAUGACAACAAGAACCCGGAGAACCCCCCGGGUUUCUUCCAAGUGGCUGCUGUGUUUUUUCCUGCAGUCACUGGUAUUGUUGCCGGAGCCAAUCUGUCCGGCGAUCUCCGUGAUCCUGGAGAGGCGAUUCCCAAGGGAACACUCACUGCCAUUGGCAUGACCUACGUCACCUACAUGUUAUAUGCCGUCUUAAUUGGAAGUGUGUACCUUCCGGAAGCCUCUGGAAUUGAAAGCGAGUAUCUCGCCUAUCUUGACCAUUUAGAAAAUGGAACCACUUCAUCAUUUGUGGCUAGUAUGAAUGGAAGCAAAGCAUUCAUGGAAAAUGGAACAUUUGAAGAUGAUUUUUUCUACAAUAAUUGUACAACUCGGGACUGUUUUUACGGAUCCUCCAAUGACCAACAGACCUUGAGUAAGAUCUCCUUAACUGGUUAUCUGGUCUAUGCUGGAUGCUUUGCCGCUACAAUUUCGUCUGCUAUCGCUUCUCUCGUGGGAGCACCAAGAGUGUUGCAAGCCUUGGCAAAGGACAAUCUCUACCCUGGUCUGAGUUACUUUGGCAAAGGAUUUGGUGCCAAUAACGACCCUAGACGAGGCUAUAUUGUUGUGUUUUUCAUCGCCCUUGGCUGCAUCAUGAUUGGAAAUCUGGAUAUUGUGUCAUCGCUGUUGUCCAAUUUUUUUGUGGCUGGCUAUGCUUUGAUCAACUUUUCCGUGUUUCAUGCUUCGAUUACCAAAUCUCCUGGGUGGCGCCCAUCUUUUAAAUAUUACAACAAAUGGGUGGCACUCUUUGGAACCGUCUUGUGUGUGGCCGUUAUGUUCCUCAUGAGUCCUGUAACUGCCUUGAUUACUUUUGGUUGCAUUGCUGUUCUCUACUUCUUCAUCAGCUACAGAAAGCCUGAGGCAAAUUGGGGAAGUUCGAGGGACGCGCAACAGUUUGUUACCUCCUUACGCAACCUUCAAUCUUUGAACGUGAUGCAGCAGCACGUAAAGAACUACAGACCCAUGAUUCUUUGUCUCUCUGGAAUUCCCGCUCAUCGAAGACCACUUGUGGACUUUGCCAACCUUUUGACCAAAAAGUUGUCACUCCUCAUUUGUGCUGAUGUUGAAUCGGAUAGUGUGGCCAAGGCUCGAGCAGAUGAGAUGAGCAAUGACAUCAACCAUUGGAUGGAAGAUCAUCAAAUCAAAGCGUUUUUCUCAUUGACUCAAAGUGCCACGUUUGAUGAUGGAGCCAUUUCUACCAUCAAUUUAACUGGAUUGGGCAAACUGAAACCGAACGUGGUGAUGAUGGGCUUCAAAAAUAACUGGAUUGCAGACAAGGAAGGCUGUGAAAGCUACACCAAGGUCAUUCAUCAUUGCUUCGAGAUCAAUUUGUCCGUGGUGCUUCUUAAGCUUAAGAACGGUUGUGACUUCUCGAACAAAAUCAAGUCCGAAAAACCAAUCACUGUCACCGUGACUCAAGGAGAACGUCCUCACGCCGAGGUUGAUCUGGACAUGUUGGAGGAUUUGGCUGCCGAGGAGGACGAGGAGGACGUUGGUCACCACUCUGCUAUCAAAGAGAAGAAGAAGCAACCAAAGAAGAAGAAAAAGGACAUGCCCGCGGCCGUUCUUUUGGGUAGUGAUGGCCGACCUCUUCCAGCCAAUUUGGUCCGAGAGAUUAACAUGUUCAAGACUGAAAAGAGGAAGGGCUUCAUUGAUGUUUGGUGGUUGUACGAUGACGGUGGUUUGACUCUACUUCUCCCGCACAUCUUGACAAAGCGAGCCCAAUUCUCCGAGUGUCAUCUCCGAGUAUUCAGUUUGGCUACAAAGAACGAUGCUUUGGACAUGCAAUCCCGAAGUAUGGCCAAUCUCCUGGCCAAGUUCCGAAUUGAUUUCCAUGAUGUGAUCAUGAUUCCGGAUAUUGGUAAAAAAGCUUCCGAGGAAACGAAAGCCGAAUUCAACACGAUCGUUUCACAGGCUAACAUCACCAGUGAGGAUUUGGUGACCAAUCUGGAGAAGACCAAUCGGCAUCUCCGUUUGGCAGAGCUUUUGCGAGAACAUUCCAUGGCUUCGGAGACAGUCAUUAUGACUCUACCAAUCCCAAGAAAGAGCUCCCAUUCCGACCAAUUAUGGAUGGCUUGGUUGGAAAUCAUGUCUCGAGAUAUGCCACCAAUGCUUUUUGUCCGUGGCAACCAGACCUCUGUCCUCACCUUCUAUUCUUAAACGAAGAAAUAAUUGCUUUACUAGAUCACUUUCAACUAUACUGAAAACCACUACAUAAUUGUUCAAUAAAUAGAAACGAUCGCGAUUGACAA